GGUCAGAUUGUUAAUAUAUUUUUGAUUUUGGCAGUGAUAGGUGCCCUUUAAGGUUCACUAUGAGUUUGGCCAGUGGAAGUGUUGGGAUUCGGUGCAUCCUUACUACACAGAGUUGGGGGUAUGUGUAGGAAAACAGUGCAGUCAGCAGUAGAAGUUGUGCUGGUUGUACAAGGUGUGUGUGAAUGUGCAGUGUGUACAUAAGGACAGUGCCACAAGCGUGACCGGCUGCUGUUUGUUACUAGUGUUUGUACAGCGGCACCUGCACAUCCUAUUGGAGAAGGAACAACAUCUCCGGCAACUACUGGUCACACUGACAUGUCUGGCCAAUGGCACGGCUUACUCCUUGGCUCUAAGGGCAGGGGGCGGCUCAGCCUAAAACUCAGCACUGAGGGCUCCACGUAUUCUCAUACAGGAGUGUGUGUUCCACUUGCUGGUGUUUACUGGGCACAGCUACUGGGCAAGGCUGGCACUGGAAUCCAUUGGGCACACAGUCCUGGCAAGGAAAUCACUGGUGUUUACUGGGAGAGUUACUGGGCAAACAUUGGCAUUUGUUGGUUGGCUGGAUACCAGGGAAGAGGCAAAUAAUGCACUGAAGGCUGAUGGGCAGGACUUGGGGGUAAGAGUGACUGGCACAUACUGAGAUUGGCAUUAAGGAUCUUUGACCCCCUAUUGCAUCUGGGACCCAAAAUGCACAGCAAUUAACAGGGGCACCUACUGCACUGCAUCACCCUAGAUGGGCACCACCAUGCCUGGCACAUCUGCAGCUGCGCUCUUCUUGCUUUUCCAGCUUGUGGCGGCCCAAUCUGGAAUUCCCCUCGGAUCUCUGAGUGUAUCUUCUCUUGAGUUCCUCAACCCACCAGACAAGGUUUCUGAGGGACAUGUUCUGCAGGUUUGGUAUCAAUGUAAGGAGGAGCAACUGGUACACGUAGAUAUAAUUGCCUCAUCCCUCAUUGCUUCAUCCGUGUCUGUGUUUAAGAAAAGAUGGUCGUGUGGCCCCCAACAGGAACAGACAGUAAGGAAAAUCCGCUUGGACUUCCCAGACCAGAUGGUCUACAGAGAAGACUACUUUCUAAGGAAUUCCAUAUAUGUACAUGAUGUGUUUCUGAGAGCUUGGAUCUCCGAUUAUCCCUCUGAUUAUACCAGUCCUGCGGAUUGGCUCACCUACAACAGGGGGCUGGUAAAGAAAAUCCACUAUGUUCAAGCUGUGCCCCCCUACAGCCGCCCCUACAAGCCCCCCAGUAGGUCUCUACGAUGGGACCAGCAGCUCAUUUGGAACCUGGGAAAAAACAAAUUGCCCCAGUGUCAGGCGGAGCCAGAGGUUGCUCAUCUCCUGGAGUUUGUUUAUGCAUCGACUGGGGAGGACUUUGGGGUGCUGAGGACCCUGGAGCCCUACAAGAACCGAGUUCUAGAGAGACAGAGGAAAGCCUCCAUCAGCAAUCCACGAUGCACCUUCUCCACUUGGCUGUACCUACUGGAGGGCUGUUCUAGAGGGACAUGUGGCUUGUUCUACCAUGUUGGUGAUGAUAGCGACUAUUCUUCUCCAACUGUGCUACUAAACAGUGAAGGUCAGUUACAUAUUCAGGUUGAUCUGAUGUCUGGGAAAACCUAUGCCUUUCAGAGUUUUGUGUCCCUCCCCUUGAACCAGUGGUGCCAGAUCCACCUCAUUUUGGACAACUCAUUGGCCAACCUCACAGUGAUAUGCGAUGAUGAUCCCCCCAGCAUGAUGUCCUACAGAUUCCCGACCAGUGUGUAUCUGGAUGACACCACGGGAUACUUUAGUCUGACCGGAUGUCAAUUUGUUUCUGGGAUAAUUGGGUUCCUGGGACCCACUGUGUAUUAUAGGAACAAGAUAACUUUUAUUGAUAAGGCAAGUCCCCCCAAGCUUCUCCAAAGCCUCCAUCUGUCCCACUGGUACAACACAUGCCAAGCCUUCCAGCAACAUUGUGGAAGCAAAUACCAGUCUUUUCUGUCAGCAUCAAGAUGGCAGAUGCCUCCAGGGACCUGCAGGGAUGUGUUCCAAGAUCUAGUUUCAGGCUCUAACACAAUAUCUUCUGGGCCAACGUGCACUGCGAUGGAGGCACCUGCAAUGCCAAAACGAGCCACUGUCACCCGGCUUCUGAGAAGGAAAGCGGAACUGGGGGGAGGGGAGCACCUGAACAUGGAGCAGAUUGGCAGAGCCCUGUAUCAUAUCUACAUGAGGAGAGUCCUCUCCACCAAUGGUCUGUCUCGUAUGAAUGGGCCCAUAAGCUUGCUGUUACAGGCCGGCUGUCUGGGGUAUCAUCCAGCCCUAUAUCUUGCCUCGGUUCUCUUCCAGACUGGAUUUGGGAUUAAAAUGGACCCAUCGAAGGCUCUAAUGCUCAAGCUCAUUGCCGCACAGAAGGACGAUCGUCUGUCUCUCAUGUCUCUUGGCCACAAACACCACAUGGGUGGAGAUGGUUACCCAGUAGACUACGACCUCUCUUAUGCCUAUUAUGCCAAUAUCGCCUUCCAGUCAACAGAAGAUCGGCUGCAGCCAAACAGAGACCAGUCCUAUGUAGAGACCAUCCGCCUGAUUGAUGAAGAAGUUCUAAAACUGCAGACGAAGGAGGAUGAUGAUCUCUUCAUGUGGCUACGAUACCAGGCCAAGCAGGGUGUUAUCUCUGCACAGCAAAGUGUGAGCCGAAUGUUGUACUGGGGACAACAGGGGAUCUCCUCCAACCUCCAGGCUGCUGCUAAGUUCUAUGAGAAGGGGGCCAUGCAGCAGAAGGACCCAGUAAUGAUGUAUGAUUAUGGGGUGGUGCUGCUCAGGGGCCAAGGGGUGAAACAGGAUAUACCAAAGGCUUUAGAGUAUCUGAAGAAAGCGGCCGAUAUGAACUUUGUUCCAGCCCUUAACAGCCUGGGCUGGUAUUAUGAGAGGUAUGAGGGAGAUUAUGAGAAAGCCAUUGAAUACUGGGAAAGAGCAGAUGAACUCUGGAAUGCAGAAGCUGCUUUCAACCUCGGCAUUAUGUACUUUAAUGGGUAUUAUCCAGGCCAAGGCAGAAAUUAUACUGCAGCGUAUCACUACUACCUGAAAUCCGCAACCCGUGGUCACAUUGAUGCAGCUGUUCAUGUCUCAUUUUUCUGGAUCAAAGGGAUCCCUGGGCUGGUACCACGGAAUCCUCAUGAUGCAGUUGUGUGGACAAAAUGGGCAGCAGAACAGAACGGGUAUCUCGGGAUGCAGUUACGGAAGGGCCUGGACGCGUAUCUGAAACAUUCCUGGCUGGAGUCCCUUCUCCAUUACAUACAGGCAGCGGAGGCCGGCUUUGAGAUCGCCCAGUUCAACGCAGCGUAUAUCUGUCAGCAUGACCCGGACGGCCUCAUGAGUCACUAUAUCCAUACAGACUGUAUGUGGAAAUAUUACAACCUGUCAGUAUCAAGUGCCUCCCCAUCAUCCUAUGCCCAGAUCAAGAUGGGGGACUUGUUGUACACGUCUCACAUGAGGAGGAAGCGCAAUGUUCAGGCUGCAGUGCAGAUGUACAAAGCUGCCGCUCUACUGAAAGACCCCCAGGGUCUCUACAACUUGGGUAUCCUGGUAGAAGAUGGAGUUCCAGUUCCAUGGUCCACCCUUCAUGAGUUGGGCUUCAAUAGAUCCACAGGCAGCAAUAACUACACCAUCGCUAUAGAGCUGUACAGAAGAUGCCGAGACCACGAGAGUGACGAUUCAUACAUUCCCUGCAGCCUGGCUCUCAUCAAUGCUCAGAUACAAUACAUGUGGGCCUUCCAUGGAAUCAUGCUCAAGUGUUCCAGUGCAGCGGCCAUUGCCAUUGUUACUCUGAUCAGUCUGGCCACAAUUUUGGGGAGAUUACGUCAGGGAGCCCUAAUCCGGCAGCAAUCUGUAUGAGACCCACCGGCUGGGAAUGAUGUGGAGGAAGCACCAGGAUCGGCAAUUCCAGAAUAUUCUAUAAUAUAGAGGUGCCUUGUUGUUCUGCUGCUCUACACUGUUCCCUAAUGAGGAGGAGCCCCAAUAAAUGGCUGUUCCACAUG